AUGGAUUUUGGUACGGCGAGCAAUAUAGGGAUAUGUUACGGAAGAAACGCAGAUAAUCUCCCAAGCCCCAACAAAGUAUCUGAGCUAAUCCAACAUCUAAACAUCAAAUUUGUCCGAAUCUACGACGCCAACAUCGACGUUCUCAAAGCUUUCGCAAACACAGGAAUCGAGCUCAUGAUUGGUGUCCCUAACGCUGACCUACUUGCGUUUGCUCAGUUCCAGUCAAACGUCGAUACUUGGCUCCGCAACAACAUCCUCCCUUACUACCCAACCACCAAAAUCACUUCGAUCUCCGUCGGUCUCGAAGUAACCGAAGCACCGGACAACGCCACCGGUCUAGUCUUGCCCGCGAUGCGAAACAUUCAUACCGCUCUCAAGAAAUCCGGCUUGGACAAAAAGAUCAAGAUCUCGAGCUCACACUCCCUCGCCAUCUUGUCACGCUCCUUCCCGCCUUCGUCUGCUUCUUUCAGCAAAAAGCACUCGGCUUUCUUGAAACCGAUGCUCGAGUUCUUGGUUGAGAACGAGUCUCCCUUUAUGAUCGACUUGUAUCCGUAUUACGCUUACAGAGACUCCGGUGAGAAAGUUCCGUUGGAGUACGCUCUGUUCGAGUCGUCUUCACAGGUUGUUGACCCUGCCACGGGAUUGCUUUACUCCAACAUGUUUGAUGCUCAGCUUGACGCUAUCUACUUCGCCUUGACGGCUAUGAGCUUCAAGACCAUUAAGGUUAUGGUGACUGAGUCAGGGUGGCCGAGCAAAGGCUCGCCUAAAGAGACGGCCGCAACUCCUGAUAACGCUCUGGCUUACAAUACCAACCUCAUCCGCCAUGUUAUUGGCGAUCCAGAUGUUUACGCGUUGGACUUCACCGGGGAAAGCACUGCACCGGUCUCUCCAUCAAAUGCAACCUCAGGUACAAGUCCAAGCCCAAGUUCAAGUCCGGGCAACAACGGUAACUCGACUGUGAUCAUCGGAGGAGGAGGAGGAGGAGCCAGGAAAUGGUGUAUUGCUUCUUCACAAGCCUCAGUGACGGAACUGCAGAGCGCGUUGGACUGGGCUUGCGGUCCCGGGAAUGUUGAUUGUUCCGCUGUUCAGCCUGACCAGCCUUGCUUUGAGCCAGACACUGUUCUCUCACACGCGUCGUAUGCGUUCAACACUUACUACCAGCAGAGCGGAGGGAGCAGCUUAGAUUGCAGCUUUGGAGGAGUCAGCGUUGAAGUCGACAGGGACCCUAGCUAUGGUAACUGUCUGUACAUGAUUGCUCCGGCUAAUGAUGGAAUGAACAGAACAAUGGCGGGUAAUAUUACGGGAAACAUAACUGCCAUUGAUUCGCCCUUGGCGUCGCCUUCGUCGAGUAAUGAAGCAUUCAGACAAAUGGUGAGGGUAUUAUCAUUUAGCUUUGUUUUGAUGCACAACAACAAUCGAAAUCACAAAUACAGUACAGAAGAGUGUUUCUGUAGCAAAGAAGCAGAGCUUAUAACUGAAACUGAGAUCAGACUCGAUAAGGUAAUCGCCGAGCCUCUCCACCACCAAGUUGCAUUGGCCUCCGGUCAUCGGUUCAUCGUAGAUGCCAAAGACUAA